UUAAAUGUUCUUUAUGCAUCGCGGAGGGAACAAUAAGUGUCAUACAAUUUUAAAUUUCAUAUAAUAAAAUUGAGUAACAAAUAAAAAUAAUAAUGGAAUUUUCUACCAAGCUCUUUAUUGUUUUGGUCAUCGCUGCGUCAGCCACUGCCACCUCGAUUGGUCUGAGUGCCCCCAGGAUUUUCAGCCAGGAGAGCAAAGGCGUCGUCACCAAUAUUACUCGAUGUGGUGGAUAUGGAACGCCAAUCCAACUCAGAAUUACUGAAUGUGAGGGAAGAUGCUCAUUUACGCCAGGAAGAGUAUACAACAUUGAAUACGACAUGAUCCCCAGCUCUGCAUCCACGUCUCUCAGCCUCGCGUGUGACCUAGUAUUCAAUGGAACUCCUCUUCGCCUUUUUGAAGCAGAGAUUGCCAACUCCUCCGUACAACCAGGGCUGAUGUACACCGUCAAGUUCUCAAUCGUCCCAAAUGAUAUCCUUUCCGGACAGACAGUUAAGCUACGUGCCAUAAUUUACCAUACGGAUAACAGGCUCUUGGAAAUCUGUGUUGAGACUGAAUGUGAUAUUCUUGACCUUCCUUUGUAAACUUUAAUUGUAUACUUCAAAAAAUAAAGCUAAAAGAGUAAUUCAAAAAUCAG